GAGCAAAGACCAUUUCCCCACUAUUAUCUUAAAAAGGUGGCCACGGUAACUAAGCAAAUCUCACUGCCUCUCCCCAUUUCCCCUAUAUAAAGCCUUGAUUCCCCCUGUUUUCCAUCUCCAAGCCAAAGCCAAUUUCCAAUCUCCGUUUGUCUCUCCCCUUCUACAAAGAAGUAAACCAUGGUGCUCUCCAAGACUUCGUCGGAGUCGGACGACUCGGUCCACUCCACCUUCGGCUCUCGCUAUGUCCGAACGGCCCUUCCAAGGUUUCGAAUGCCGGAGAACUCGAUACCCAAGGAGGCCGCGUAUCAGAUCAUCAACGAUGAGCUGAUGCUCGACGGAAACCCCCGGCUCAACCUCGCAUCGUUCGUGACCACAUGGAUGGAGCCGGAGUGCGACAAGCUCAUGAUGGCUGCCAUCAACAAGAAUUACGUCGAUAUGGACGAGUAUCCGGUCACCACCGAGCUCCAGAACCGGUGUGUGAAUAUGAUUGCCCACCUCUUCAAUGCUCCUCUUGGGGAGUCCGAGACGGCAGUAGGAGUCGGAACUGUGGGCUCCUCCGAAGCCAUAAUGCUCGCUGGAUUAGCCUUCAAGAGGAGAUGGCAGAACAAGAGGAAGGCUGAGGGAAAACCAUAUGACAAGCCCAACAUUGUCACUGGCGCCAAUGUUCAAGUUUGCUGGGAGAAAUUCGCUAGGUACUUUGAAGUGGAACUGAAGGAAGUGAAGCUGAGGGAUGGCUACUAUGUCAUGGACCCUGAGAAGGCUGUGGAAUUGGUAGAUGAGAACACCAUUUGUGUCGCUGCAAUCCUCGGUUCAACGCUCAAUGGAGAAUUCGAGGAUGUCAGGCUCCUGAAUGACCUCCUAGCAAAGAAGAACAAGCAAACAGGUUGGGAUACACCGAUCCAUGUAGACGCUGCGAGCGGUGGAUUCAUUGCCCCAUUCUUGUACCCUGACCUUGAAUGGGACUUUAGGCUACCACUGGUGAAGAGCAUUAACGUCAGCGGGCACAAAUACGGUCUGGUGUAUGCUGGCAUUGGAUGGGUCAUCUGGAGGAGCAAGGAGGACUUGCCCGAGGAACUCAUCUUCCACAUCAACUAUCUCGGAGCUGAUCAACCAACAUUCACCCUAAACUUUUCCAAAGGCUCUAGCCAAGUCAUUGCGCAAUACUAUCAGCUAAUUCGCUUGGGAUUCGAGGGAUACAAGAAUAUAAUGGAGAACUGUCAGGAGAAUGCCAUGGUGCUCAAGAGAGGCCUUGAGAACACCGGCAAGUUCGACAUCAUCUCAAAGGACAAUGGCGUGCCUCUGGUGGCAUUCUCGCUGAAAGACCGAAGCCGGCAUGAUGAGUUCGAGGUGUCGGACUACCUGCGGAGGUUUGGAUGGAUCGUGCCGGCAUACACGAUGCCACCUGAUGCACAGCAUAUUACUGUGCUGCGCGUUGUCAUCAGGGAGGACUUCAGCCGCACGCUGGCGGAGCGACUCGUGCUCGACGUCGUGAAGGUGCUGCGUGAGCUCGAUGCGCUGCCUUCCAAGCUGCUAACCCCAGCAGGGAUCAAUGGGACGAAAGAGAACGGAACCGCGAUCAAGAAGCAUAUGCUUGAGACGCAGAGGUCUGUCGCGGAUGCAUGGAAGAAGUUUGUCAUGGCCAAAAAGACCAAUGGCGUUUGCUAGAAGUAUCUUAAUGUUAUCAGACUGAUUUGAUACUGUCGUUUCCCCGCCUUGUCAACUAUAUGAUUUAGAGAUUUUUAUCGACCUGUAUUGGUGUUACGGUGGGCAAGACAAAGCCUGCGGCUUGCUGCUACAGAGUUGUCUUAUGCCUCUGUUGGAUGUUUUUUUUUUGCCCACAAAUAAGUAAAGAUGGGGCCAGAAAUGAGAGGUCUUUUUUUUUUU